UUUAUUCCCAUAUGACAGUUCUAGCGCAGCCCAUUCCGAAGUGCCAUUAGUUCAGGUCAGUCGAGCUAAGGAGAGCAACUUGAACGUCUACCAUGAGCCCAGUUACGAGCGAGGCGCCCAAGCAGUUUCCAUCCCUCUAUCUGAAGAUUUGGACUCCGCUAAUUCCAUUCAGGUCCUCAGGGGAAAAGAUCCAUUCUGGCUGGUCAUGAUUGGCCAGUUUGGCCCAGAAGGAGGCAUCCUGUGCUGCGAAGACUCUGAUUUCAUCUUAGAGAUUCCCCCGGGCGCUAUUCCUCCUGAUCGCCGAGACCAGCUCAUAAUAGCUAGGAUUUCUCUGUGUCCAGACUCUAUUGGACCCAAGCUGACAGACCCCGACUCCUUGUGGCUCGGUCCUCUCGUCGAACUGGAAUCUCCUGGUCUGGACAGAUUCCAUAAAAAUGUCAAGAUCAGGCUCCCGCAUCGCGCUCGACUGCAGCCCGGCUGGACCUUCAGUGUGCAUUACACAGAUCCCACCGCUGACACCAAGUACAACUGCCAGACCGAUACCACUCCUUCCACUGUUGAUCAAGAUCCUGAGGCCGCCACAUUCCUUCUUGAUGAAGACACCGAUACCAAGCCAAAGUGGAAUUGUGUGGAGCAGAAGUGGCACUCGGGUAUUAAGGAAGAAAAGGCUUCAAAAGAUGUGACCAGGGUAACCUUUACGGUCGACGAGAACUACGUAAACAUCUUAUCCUCUCACUUCUCCGAGUAUGUCUGCUCAGGGUGCAGUAAAACACAUCCUCUAAACCUGGAGGCUGUUGUGUUUUGGCAACACUACAAGGCCGAAGGUCUCGAUCAGAUGGAUCUCAAGGUCUACAUCAUUGAUAUAAUUAAGGAUACACGCAAAGUCAGCGUUGAAAGUAACGAGAGAUCCAGCAAACAGGUAGGCGCCAAGAGCGGCAUGACAGCAUACUCCUCACUCAGCUUGGAAUAUACGUCUGGUGUGGCUUCGUCGCUUGGCAUCUGUGUAGACGAGGAGUGCAUGGGUGACGACAGGAAGUGGAGUUUGAAAUCUUACAAUGGAAGACUCCCGGCUAAGCGAGUGAUGUCAGUCGAAUCAGUCAUUCGUGGUUGCUGUUCAUCCCACCUGUCUACUCGAGAGAUGUUCACCUUCGUUCCCAGGGACCCUUCCAAGCAACUCAGCUUUUUCCAAGCGAUGGUUUGCAUCAGUCAACCAAACUCACCGGAAGGGGACCCGACCCCAAUACUUGUGACUGUUCCCCUUACUAAGGGAUAUGCUGUUAACAACAAUAACAAGGUCUGCAGUGAAGGCCAACCCAUCAGCGACGACCAAAUGGACUUCGUCGGCGAGCGACUGCCCUGCAGCAAAUGGCCCACUCUCUACCGCAAACUGAUAAGAAAGGGGGCCAACAAGGGCAUCGAAGAGAUCAAGCUCACACAUCCCAACAACCCCCGAGAGCAGAUCCAGUGCGCCCUCGUCAGCUGGAGGAGCAGCAACGGUCGCAUGGCAACGGUGGAGCAACUCAUCACAGCUCUUCAGCAAGCGAAGCUUGAAGACCUUGCUGAUGAGCUGUUGUCGUAUUGCCAAGACGACGCAGAGGGAGCAGAAGAGGUUUCCACACCCACCGAUACACGUCUGGUUAUGGAAACACAUCUCUAGGGGCCUCGUACAAUCAGUCGUAGUCCAAUUAUUCAAAACAGGGUUUGAAUCUCACUGACAAAUGAACAUGAUACUAAGGAUAUGUGGUCAAAAAGACAUCAUAAAAUCAUAAAAUCCUGUGUGUAGGCUCAACGUAAAAGGGCCUGUAGGCCUACACAAGUUUGACUGCAUAUGAGCUCGGUUUAAUAUACGAAGUGCUCGCACCCCCAAAGGAAAUAAAAUAUUUUGCUAAUGUUCAAAAAGUCCUUUACACCCAAGGAUUAACCAACUAUUAUUGGUUCCCCAAGACCUAAUUGGUUCCCCAACCCAACCCUGAGUCAAACGUGACAGACUGGAAAUUAAGUAAUACGAAAACACCCCAAACCCGGCAUCUUUACGAGCACAGUCUCUUAGAAAGAGCGCCUUUGAUUGGGAUGGAGCCCCCAUUUUCCAUAUGCUACAACCCUUGUGUCUUGAAAUUCCUGCUCCCUGCUAGCCCAAUAUUCACAUGAAGAAUUCAUUUACAAAGUACCUUGUAAAUCCUUAUAAAGGUGCUACAUAAUGGGUCUCAUGGUUCUCGUUAUAAACUUGAGGCCUCCAUGGAAAGCAGUGCCUUGCGCUGAUUGGAGUU